GCCCAUGGCGGAGUGCGGCCGGGGGGGCGCCGCCGGCGGGGCCCUGCCCACCUCCCCGGGCCCGGUCCUCGCGGCCAAGGGCGCCCUGAGAGCCGGGGCCGGGGAAGGCGGCGGCGGCGGCGGAGGGCGCCUCGGCCACGGGCGGGCGCGCUAUGACAGCGCCGGGGUUUCCAACGGAGACUGCAGCCUCGGCGUGUCCGCGGACGAAGCCCAGGCCAGCCCCUCCAGGGGCCCCCGCGGCGCCGCGCUCGCCCCGACCCCCGGCCCGGCCGCCUGCCCCCUCCCCCGGGAGAGCAAGCCGGGCGGCCUGCCCCGCCGGAGCAGCAUCAUCAAGGAUGGUACAAAACAGAAAAGAGAGCGGAAAAAGACGGUCUCCUUCAGCAGUAUGCCCACGGAGAAAAAGAUUAGCAGUGCAAGUGAUUGUAUCAAUUCCAUGGUGGAGGGUUCGGAACUCAAAAAGGUUCGCUCCAACUCUAGAAUUUACCACAGGUAUUUUUUACUGGACGCUGACAUGCAGAGCCUGAGGUGGGAGCCAUCCAAGAAGGAUUCUGAGAAAGCCAAGAUUGAUAUUAAAUCCAUCAAGGAAGUGAGAACAGGAAAAAAUACAGACAUAUUCCGCAGCAAUGGCAUUUCUGACCAGAUAUCUGAAGACUGUGCAUUUUCCGUCAUCUACGGAGAGAAUUACGAGUCACUUGAUUUGGUUGCCAACUCUGCAGAUGUUGCGAACAUCUGGGUCACGGGACUGCGGUACCUAAUUUCUUAUGGGAAACAUACGCUCGAUAUGUUAGAGAGUAGCCAAGACAACAUGAGGACUUCUUGGGUCUCACAAAUGUUUAGUGAAAUUGAUGUAGAUAAUCUGGGACAUAUAACUCUGUGCAGCGCCGUGCAGUGUAUCAGAAAUCUCAAUCCUGGUUUAAAAACGAGCAAGAUUGAGCUUAAGUUCAAAGAAUUGCACAAGUCCAAGGACAAAGCUGAAGUCACAAAGGAGGAAUUUGUUGAGGUUUUCCAUGAGCUUUGUACUAGACCUGAAAUUUAUUUCCUUUUAGUUCAGUUCUCAAGCAAUAAAGAAUUCCUUGAUACCAAGGACCUUAUGAUGUUUCUGGAGGCAGAGCAGGGUGUGGCACAUAUAAAUGAGGAAAUAAGCCUUGAAAUUAUUCACAAAUAUGAGCCAUCCAAAGAGGGUCAGGAAAAGGGCUGGCUAUCCAUAGACGGGUUCACUAAUUACCUUGUGUCCUCUGACUGUUAUAUAUUUGAUCCAGAGCAUAAGAAGGUCUGUCAGGACAUGAAGCAACCCUUGUCUCAUUACUUUAUAAACUCAUCUCAUAAUACGUACUUAAUAGAGGAUCAGUUCCGAGGUCCCUCGGAUAUCACAGGAUACAUCCGAGCUCUUAAAAUGGGUUGCCGGAGUGUUGAAUUGGAUGUAUGGGACGGGCCGGAUAAUGAACCUGUGAUUUACACAGGCCACACCAUGACCUCGCAGAUCGUCUUCCGCAGCGUCAUUGAUAUUAUUAACAAGUAUGCAUUCUUUGCUUCAGAGUACCCUCUCAUCCUGUGUUUGGAAAAUCACUGUUCUAUUAAACAACAGAAGGUCAUGGUUCAACACAUGAAGAAAAUUUUAGGAGACAAGCUCUACACAACCUCACCCAGUGCUGAGGAAUCUUACCUGCCAUCCCCAGAUGUCCUGAAAGGGAAGAUACUCAUUAAGGCAAAGAAGCUGUCUUCCAACUGCUCUGGAGUAGAGGGCGAUGUUACUGAUGAGGAUGAAGGGGCAGAGAUGUCUCAGAGGAUGGGCAAGGAGAACGCAGAGCUGCCCAACCACGUGCCUGCCAAGCGCUUCCAGCUCUGCAAAGAGCUGUCCGAGCUGGUGAGCAUCUGCAAGUCGGUGCAGUUCAAAGAGUUCCAGGUGUCCUUUCAGGUUCAGAAGUACUGGGAAGUCUGCUCGUUCAACGAAGUGCUUGCCAGCAAAUACGCCAACGAGAAUGCAGGGGACUUUGUCAAUUAUAACAAGCGCUUUCUCGCCAGGGUUUUUCCCAGCCCCAUGAGAAUUGACUCCAGCAACAUGAACCCUCAAGAUUUUUGGAAAUGUGGUUGUCAGAUCGUGGCCAUGAACUUUCAGACCCCGGGACUGAUGAUGGACCUGAACAUCGGCUGGUUUAGGCAGAAUGGGAACUGCGGCUACGUGCUGCGGCCGGCCAUCAUGAGGGAGGAGGUCUCCUUCUUCAGCGCCAACACCAAAGACUCCGUCCCAGGAGUCUCACCCCAGCUUCUUCACAUCAAGAUCAUCAGCGGGCAGAACUUCCCCAAACCCAAAGGAUCGGGUGCUAAAGGCGACGUGGUGGACCCUUACGUCUACGUUGAGAUCCACGGGAUCCCCGCUGACUGUGCAGAACAGAGGACAAAAACAGUGCACCAGAACGGAGACGCUCCCAUCUUCGACGAAAGCUUUGAGUUCCAGAUCAACCUGCCCGAACUGGCCAUGGUGCGCUUUGUGGUCCUGGACGACGACUACAUCGGGGAUGAGUUCAUCGGCCAGUACACGAUUCCCUUCGAGUGUCUGCAGACGGGCUACCGCCACGUGCCGCUGCAGUCGCUCACCGGCGAGGUCCUCGCCCACGCUUCUCUGUUCGUGCACGUGGCCAUCACGAACCGGAGAGGAGGCGGGAAGCCUCACAAGAGGGGCCUCUCUGUGAGAAAAGGGAAGAAGUCCAGGGAAUAUGCGUCCCUGAGAACACUGUGGAUUAAAACUGUGGACGAGGUCUUCAAGAAUGCCCAGUCCCCAAUUCGGGACGCCACCGACCUGAGAGAGAACAUGCAGAAUGCAGUGGUGUCCUUCAAGGAGCUGUGUGGCCUCUCCUCCGUAGCCAACCUCAUGCAGUGCAUGCUGGCGGUGUCUCCCCGCUUCCUGGGACCUGAUAACACGCCCCUGGUGGUCCUGAAUCUCAGCGAGCAGUAUCCCACCAUGGAGUUGCAGGGAAUCGUGCCCGAGGUUCUGAAAAAGAUCGUAACAACUUACGACAUGAUGAUCCAGUCUCUCAAGGCGUUGAUUGAAAAUGCAGACGCUGUGUAUGAAAAGAUUGUACACUGUCAGAAAGCAGCCAUGGAAUUCCAUGAACACUUGCACAGCAUAGGCACCAAGGAAGGUCUGAAGGAACGCAAACUGCAAAAAGCUGUGGAGAGCUUUACCUGGAAUAUUACCAUCUUAAAGGGACAAGCGGAUCUCUUGAAGUACGCCAAGAACGAGACCGUGGAGAACCUGAAGCAGAUCCACUAUGCGGCUGUCUCCUGUGGACUCAAUAAACCAGGCACAGAAAACACCGACGUCCAGAAGCCACGCCGGAGCCUUGAAGUCAUACCCGAAAAAGCAAACGAUGAAACUGGAGAAUGAGGGCACCUUCUAGAGAUGAUUACAGAAUUUAUAACUCUAGGACCAAUUGUAGCCAGAUGGGACAUUUGCUUUGCACUCAUUAAUGAAAAAUAAUAUUGGGGAUUUUAAAGCACAACUGGAAUAGCUAAUUGCCGUCUAUUAAAACUGUGAAUGUAUGUAGCAACCCUGCGUGUGGAGGCAAAUAAACUCUUUAACAAGAAAUUCUCUUCCUGGCCCAAAUAUGCUAUAUUUGUAUACAAAGAGAUCAUAACUCAGUUCCAGUGUGAACAGACUAGCCACUCUAGUUCCAGCGAGAAACAGACGACAUUUUCCUAACUGAAAACAGUGUCUUAAGACGCAGAUGGACUGUAUGGUCUAAUUAGUAUUUACUGGGGAAAAACAAUCUACAAGUUUUACUUAUGUAUGAUUGCUGGGGUCUCUGGGUUCCAGAUGUUUUUGGAGGCGUGCCUGCUGAGCCAUGGUUACAAAGGAGAAUGUAAGCAGUCUUGAACUUGGACAGCCACUAGGUUCAAGGGCACUGCAGCUGGACGGACACUCCUGGCUGGAGACACCUGCUGGGUACACACUGUAAAGGCAACCAACCUGGAAGCAACACACUGGACAUAGUUUUUCAUUGUGUUAAGUAGUGGUCACAUUAAAAAGGUAUUUUAUGAUAUUUCUCCAAUAACAGUACGUGAAUUUAACGAAAGUUUAACUUUUUAAACACUUCCAGUUCAAGAUAUUCUACUCUUAAGAAGAGUGGCCAGUUACUUGGUGAACAGCUUUGUCAAAAAUAAGUUGCUUGUCUGGCUUGACAUUUUGCUCUUAGUACAUACAGCAGCCAUGACUUUACAUAGUGGCAGCUGUCUGUAAAACAACCCACACUGCGUCCCCCUUCUCAGCCUGUUGAUUCCUGCCGUAGGGGAGUGAGCCUGGACAUGGUGCAGACAGUAAGCCAGUGGCAGGUGAAGGGGCUGGAGCAGGUGCCAUGCUCCACUGGCCAGCUGAGUCUUUAAUCCAAGACUUUAUUGUCCCAAUCAGUGAAACUUCAUGCUAGUUUAGAAAACCUGCUGGACACUGAAGCCUAAUUACUGCUCCUCCCAAACCAAACUGCGCUCACAUUUUGGAAGGGUAAAAGCUUUCUAAACCUUCGAUAGCCGCUUUUCCAUUUGUCCAUAUUCUUUUCAGUGACUCAGGUAAGCCAGAUAACUCUGUGGAAUCCCCAACUUGGCACCUCAUUACUUCCUCACAGUUAGGGAGGUGGUCAGGCUGAUAUAUUGAAUUUAUUUAUGCCCAGACCCUGAAAUAUCCUUUUAUAAAACAAUUCCUUUUUCCAGUUCUUGUCAUUUGCCUGCUGAUCGUGUGCUUAAAUUAAGGUAUACCUCUCCACUGGUCUUCACUCAGUGUCAUUCCAGUCAGAAAAUUAAACGU